CGAUUGCUCCCGAUAGCAAGCCACCAAAACCAAAGCAGCUAGCAAUCGAAUCCGAAUUUCCCUCUCUUUGUUAAAUUAAGUAAAGUUAAAUAAAAGAAUAAAAAUAUGGAGACAUCGCCCACGUCCACCUCGUUCACACCGCCCACUUGGGCGCCCGAGGGCAUGGACGACAUCCAGUACCUGCUGCACCUGGAGGCGAUGCGACGCUACCAGGAAGACAGUCGCAACGUGAAGCGUCAGGUGGAGGAGCAAGUGCGAACCUGGCUGGACGCCAAGUGCGACUAUCAGCGGGAUUUUGGGCGGCUAGCAAGGCUUCUAAAGUGUGCGGCACUGCAGACGGCCGUGGAUGCCCAGCGCGUCCCUGAUGUGGAUAAAAUCGAGCAGGCGGCCAAGGAUAUCGAUAGUCUGCGAUCCAAGCUCAGCAGCGAUCUACGCCCCGCCACCCUCGACUCCAAGGAUUUGGAGCAGUGCCUAGAGCACCUGAAGACCGCCCACAAGCCACGCCUAAACCUCAGCCGGCAGCAGCGGGAGUUUGCCCAGAAUCAGGAAGCUUUCAACGGCCUACGAACAGCCGUCGAUGGAUUGGAGAACGGGAUGGAGUUGGGCAUGAUGCAGGCCAUGGAUCGCCUUGUGGACGACCUACUGCCUCCGCGGGAUUCAGUCAACUAGCGUGUCGUCACAAAAGUGUAUAUGUAUAUUUUUAGGAUAUAAAAUAAUUUAAAACAUUAAGAAUGGAGCAUUGCGAAUGAAAACUACGAGCUACAACGAAUGCAACGGUCCAUCCGAUGAGGAUAAUCGGCAGCGGCAUUCUGGAAAGCAAAUGGAAAUUAUUUUACAUACUGUUAUUGAUAAACAUAAGAGAGUUUACCACUUGGAGCGCUUGGACCAGUCUUUGGCUGUCCAGUGCAAGCACUUGGAGUCGAUGCGAAUCUUGCGCUUGUCCAUCGCCCGCCGAUGCUGCUCGAUGGUGUCCCUGUUGAUGCACACGAUGUACUGGCCCUUGUAGUAGUUAAUCAGGUUUAGGUUUUGCAGCGUAGAGAUGACGUCCUCCUUUUUGAUGGAGGUGCAUUCGCAGAUGUCGCUGAACGAAGGAAGUACAAGAUUAGAGUAUAUCUACCUACGAUCAACUUGAACUAAGGAAUAAUAUCUAGCAUGAACUCCCCAAAUUAAAAUCGCAUCAUUAAGAGCUU